CUGGCAGUUAUCACAACAAAGUUUUUUUAUUUUUAUCAAAAUCUGAAAAAAUGUCUUUAUGGCUUUAUAUAUUUGUAGUUGCCGCGGUGACUAACGUUCUGUCGAAGGAGUUUUGCGAAAAAAAUAUUUACCCUACUAGUUUCAGUACCAAACUACUAAAUGACACAAUUUCCAAAAUAGACGUAUUGGCAAUUUGGUCUCCAACAAUGGCGACGGAAUCGUUUGUAGUCCAAGGUGUAUGCUAUUCGCUUACAGGACAGCCUUUGCAAGGGAAAUGUAUUGCUAAGAAUUUACCUGUUGGUAUGGAGUUGGUGGACUGUCUAAAUAUUCCAAUGAAUGGCUGUAAGGAAGAGACAUUUGUGCAUUUCUAUGUGAAGAAGAACAAUCGGCUGGUGAAACAUACCAAUAAGUGGCCAUCCACGGCCCUCAAUGAGUUGGCUAGGCCUUCAGAUGUAUGCUUGCUGUCAAAUGGCGCCUCUUUAACUCGCAAGUGCAGUUACAACAGCCAUAAGUACGAGGCCGAAUGGCAGAGACUUGAUGACAAAAUCAAAUGUUUAAACGUUACUAACCAAAAUAUCAUAACCGCGGAUCUGAAUGUUCUUCUCAAAGAGGUAGAACACGAAAACAAAUCAUCGGCCAUUGAUAACGUUCAUCAGCUGACUAAUCUCUUAUCGAGGCCAAACACGCAAAGAAUAGCCAGCGAUCUUGACAUCUCGACGAAUAUACUGGAGAUCUUAACCUUAAGCCAUCGCACUCCGACCAUGGCAUCGAAACUGGCGGAAGUAACCAACAUUAUAAUGCAAUCGUCCCAGAAUGCUGUUCUCAAUUCCCGGGUCACAAAUACACCGAACAAACUACUGCGCACAGUCGAGACCUAUUUCGAUGAUAUGACCGCAGUCUUUCAGCCCAACACAUCGGAUUGUUCGGACCUACCCGAUGGUGUGAAGUAUUUCAUUGAAAACUCGACUAGUAUUUUUUAUAUAUAUCCCAUAUGUUCGAAUGUUUCCGGUAUUGGUGUAUAUCGUCCCUCAUCUGAGCCGGGCAUACGCUACGACAAUCACACAAACACCCAUUUCAAGUAUCUGUAUUUGAACGAAUCCUUGGAAGAGAUUACUAUGUCGCCGCAUCUUAUUGUUGCUGUACAUGUUCCAGAGCUUGUAUGGCAAGGCCUUCAAAUGGAAACGGCCAAAGAAAAACGGAAAUUUUUGGCAAUGCGAAUCUCUUUAUAUAAGAAUCGGAAUUUCUUUAUAGGCCAAGAUAACCGAAUUCCCGACAAUGUUGUGCUACGCAUAGCCAUACCGGGACACAAAGAUGAAGUACCCGGUAUUAUACCAUACAUUUUCUACAAUCCCGAUGUUGACCAGCAGCAGCCAAUGCAAUGCGGCUCCUAUAACUAUGACAACUGGAUAUCUUCCGGAGGGAGUUAUAAACGCUUUGAUAAUAUCGCCGUGUGUGAAAAGAGAAUUUUGGGCUUUGGCUCCUUGUUACGUCUGAAGCCAACAUUGGUCAAGGCCACUGAUGUGGAGAUUCUUAGCAUAAUUAUUGGCUAUUCCCAAGAUAUUAUCACAAUAUUUGGCUGCAUUUUAUCAUUGUUUGGCUUGCUUGGAAUUUGGCUGACAGCCCUUUGCUGCCGGCAGUGGCGGAGAGAAUCUUCUAAUCCACUGCUGUUAAACAUUUGCUUAGUUCUCACUAUGAUCAUGGCAUAUUUCCUGUUCAUCAAUUUGGGGGAUAUGCGUGAGUCCUUGCUGAAGCAGGAUACAAUUGGCUAUUGCAUGCUUGAGGGGGCUUUCUUGCAGUAUUCGAUUUUGGUCCUCUUCCUUUGGAUGCUGAUCAUAGCCUACUUGCAGUACGUUCGUUAUAUCGCCGUUGUUCACAAGAAGUUGUCACGAAUGCAGUGCAUCAAAUGUAUACUGAUCGCAUGGGGUUUGCCGGUUGUGCCCACGCUGCUGGUUAUACACUUCGAUCCAUUUGCAUAUAUGCCACUGUCGGAGAAUGGACUGGUGAGCAGCGAUAUUUGUUAUCCCUCUGGCCGCAGCUUUUAUUUCGGCAUAUUUAUACCCAUUUCAACGGUGGUUGUCGUAAAUGUUGCCAUAUUUGUUUUCAUCAGUUGCAGUCUUUGCUUCAAAAAGAACCCUCAUUUACAUAACAAGCAAGAACGCAAGAACUUCGUUGUCCGUCUGCGAUUGACGAUUUUGCUCUUCUUCUUAUUGGGCAUUUCGUGGCUGUUCGGCAUCCUGGCCCACAUGCAAGAGAAUCAAGUGUUGUCUCUGCUGUUCUGUCUCACCUCAACGUUGCAGGGAUUCGUGUUAUUCUUCUUUUUUGUGGCAUAUGACAAAAAUAUUCGCAAAUCGUGGCUGGUCUGUGCCUGUGGCAAAGAUUACAUCCUCGAGGAUGAUGUAUCAUCUCCCAUGAAUACGCUAAGAUCAAAUAACAAUUGCGGUUAAAUAAAAACCUAGCACAAAAGUAUGCAGAAAAAAUGUCUAUUAAUAAAAGAGUUGAG